AUGUCAUCAUCUUCCAAGAUGGAAGACUUUGGGAAGCUCUCGGUGAGCGAGCGCAAGAUCGUCGUCGGUAUUGACUUUGGAACAACAUAUUCUGGCGUCGCUUGGGCUGAGACCCAGCGUCCCGAUCGACGGACCGCAAUCACUACAUGGCCCAUCAGCAGAAAUGUCCUUGAAGGCGAAUCUUCCGACAAGGUCCCAACCAAGCUCAGAUAUGUUGGCGACGAGGUUCAGUGGGGUUUCUCCAUCCCCAUCACCGCACCUCAGGAUGAAGUCAUUGAGUGGUUCAAGCUGGACCUCGAUCCCUCUCUCCAGAGCAUGGGUCAAGCCGUCUCUGCAGAGGGCAGGGGAGGUCGAAAUGUAGACAAAUUGGUGACUGACUACAUCUCGGCUCUCGGUACCCACUUAAGAUAUACCCUGAGAGAGAAACUUGGCGAGCAAGUCGUUAAGACCACUCCUCUCGAGUUCGUCGUCACCGUCCCUGCCAUCUGGUCGGACCUCGCCAAGGAUAAGACCAGGCAGGCCUGCCAAAAAGCCACGGGUCUGACUGCCGCCGCUCCUAUUCACCUAGUUUCGGAACCUGAGGCCGCUGCCAUCUAUGCUCUUCACGGCCUAGAUCCGCACGGCCUCAAUGUUGACGACACUGUUGUAGUUGUUGAUGCGGGGGGUGGUACCGUUGACUUGAUAUCCUACACCAUCACAAGUCUGAAGCCCAUCCUCGAGGUUCAAGAAGCCGCUCCGGGGUCCGGCGCUUUGUGCGGUUCCACCUUCCUCAACAUGCGAUUUGCCAAGUUCUUAAAGGCAAAGCUUGGAAAAGAAGACGGCUUCGACGACGAUAUCAUGGCCGAGGCCAUGGAACAGUUCGAGAAGAAGGUCAAGCGACAAUUUACCCUCGGCGCUGCCCCUGAUGACACCUACACUAUUCCUGUGGGAGGCUUGGGGAACAACAAGGAGCUAGGGAUCAGCCGUGGCCGAUUUUCCUUGAAGGCUUCAGAUCUCCAGACGAUUUUCGAACCUGUUGUGCUUGAAUGCAUCAAACUUGUCAAGGACCAGAUCACUGCCAGCAAUGUCCCAAUUCGUGCCGUCCUCCUGGUUGGCGGGUUCGGGGCCUCUAACUACCUCAAGGAGCGUUUGCGCAACGCCAUCGACAAGAGCAUCCAGAUCAUGCAGCCACCAAAUGCAUGGCAAGCCGUGGUCCAGGGAGCUGUCAUGAAGGGUCUAGCGCAAGUGUCCCCCGAGCACCUUACGCAAGUUAGGAUCCAGAACCGGAAGGCUCGAAAGCAUUACGGAACCGAAUGGCGUACCAAGUAUGAUGUCAAGCUUCACAAGAAUUUGGAACAGAAGCGGCACUGGUGCGGCCUCGAUGGUUGCUAUAAGGUGUACACCAUGGAGUGGUUCAUCCAACGCGGCGAUAAUGUCUCCGAGAACGAGCCCUUUUACACAUCUUUUGUGUGGACGGGUUUGGUAAGUCAGGGUCGAAUCAAGAAGAUUAAGAUGGAUAUCUAUGCCGACCGAACUCCACGAUCCGCCCCCGUCGCUCGCGAUGACAACGUUUCCAUGCUAGUACACAUAGAAGCUGAUGUCAGCCAUAUCCCGGAGAAUAUGCUUGCCCGUCGCCGGGGCCUUGAUGGACAAUGGUAUUAUGAGCUGAACUGCAAAAUCGAGGCGGUUUAUCUAUCCGCUUCAACUGCGUAUACCUUGAUAUAUAACAACCAGCGGUACAGCACUGUUACUGCCGAAUAUGUCUGA